CAUUUUUUUUUACUAACCAAUCAAACUAAUAUUUUUUAUCUGAUUUUCCUUUCUUUUGAUAAAACACUAAAGGGGACACUACUUAUUAUUCCAGUCUUGAAUCUACUUAGUUUGGAACAGCUACCUUUCUGACUGAUGAAACUGAAGAGUUUGUUCUGAAGAAAAUACAUCAGCGUAUGAUUAUAACCCAUGGCUUUCCUUUUUUUUUUUAAUCCUGUGACAUAUUUGCCAUAAUGAUUAUGACUACAAAAUGCAAGAACAUUAUCAAAGUGCUGUUUUCUCUAAAUUGGUAUUCUAUAGUUUCAACUUCCACAUGACUGGCCAUAGCUGAGGAUUCUUUCAUCCGAAGGGCACAUGAUUCUUUCAUCCGAAGGGCACAUGAAUAGAGUUGGGGUGGAUUGUGGAGCGUUUGUCUGGAAGGCUGAAUGACCCAAAUAGAUGGCUGGAUUGGUCGUUAUUGCACCGCCAUUUUGGGCGAUGAGGAGACUUCAGGUCACCAUUUUGAAUUGCAGCAACAGGCGUCACCAUUUUGAAGGCCCUCACGUGCCAUAGCGGUGCGAUUGGGCCUGAUUCUACAAAAAAAAUAGCCUGCUGUGCCAGGUUUUCAGGGGGGAUUACUCAAGUUCUCCUUGCACAUUUCUCUCUUGAUCAGAGAAAAUAGCUGACGAAGGGGGUGCGCCCGCCAUUUUGGAUUUCACUAUUGAUCACAUAUUCUUCACAAAGUCUCUUCCUUUGUAUUGUCCUCUGAGGGGUUUUAUUUAGAAUCCACCUUCCUAUUAGUUCACGGCACUGUGCCUGCAGGGCCUUGACAGGCAGUUCUAGUGAACUGUCUGGCUGUUUGCCAUCGUGGUUCAUCAGAGCGCGGGAACCUCCCUCUCUGAUAACCAGAUCUGCAUGUUGUUUUUCCCCAUUCCUGGACAUCUCCUACCCGGAAUAUCCAGUAUGCGAUGGCGGACAGUGCAACUCCUCAGACAUCGCAGGGCUCUGAUGUUCUCCCUACACAAAAAAGCGCAGAUCUUCUGAAUUGGACGCGGGGGGAAAGAAAAAGGCCAAGACAAAGAACAUAGAAUAUAUGUAGAAUAUAUGUAGAAUAUAUGGCAGAUGCAUCUCUCCAUUCUGCCAGGUAUUCCGCCAGAUCUGUUGCGCCCACUGUUUCAUCCCACAGAUUGCUGUGGUUGAAACAGCGGAGGGCAGAUUUAAAAUCCAAGUAGCGCCUAUCAACAGACAUGUACAGCGGUACAAAGCUGUUCGGCCCUAUUCUAGAACCAUACCUUAUAGAGGGGAAGGAUAAGCGCAAGAUCCUUGUGCAUCCCUCUAAGAGGCUGGACAAAAGGCCCCAGCAGGAAUUCCGCAGGCAGGCCUUUUGUGCCGGAGGUUCCUGGGAGAGGAGGCAGCCCUUUUGGGCCAGACAGUCCUGGGAAUGGACCAGAGUUUCCCGAUCCUUCUCCUCCAGACAGGAUCGACAGCAGGACCGCCAAAAUCCGGGAACCAAGGGUCAGUUCCAAUCUAAGUGUCCCUUUCAAGGUUCCGGGAGUCACCCUUACAGGGGGUCCAAGUGAUGCCAAGGUGGUCCCUCCCAUAGGGGGUUCACUUAAUACUGUUCAGCGACACUUGGGAGGUUACCACCAAUGACUCUUGGGUAAGGGAGACCAUAAGAUAUGGUCUCGCUCUAGAAUUUAUAACCACCCCUCCAGACUGAUUUCUUCAGUGUCCCACCUCAAGAAAUUCAAACAAGGCCGAGUUGGUAUCCACGGCCAUAUCCCAUCUGUUAGAAAUAGAAGCCAUAGAACCAGUACCUCGGGAACAGAGAGGAUGGGGAUUUUACUCCAUUCUGUUAGUGGUCCCCAAGGCUUCGGGUGGUUGGAGGGCCAUACUGGAUUUAAAGGGACUCAAUUACUUCCUAACCUACAGGAGGUUCAAGAUGCAGUCCCUCAAAUCCAUUCUGGCCAGUAUCACAAAAGGGGAUUUCCUCUCUUCUUUAGACCUGACAGAGGCAUACCUCUACGUCCCUAUCCUCCCACAACACCACAGAUUCCUCCGGUUUUGUUACGUGCACUGGCAUUAUCAGUACAGGGCUCUACCCUUUGGGCUUUCAUCGGCCCCUCGGGUAUUCACAAAGAUAUUGGCAGUCUUGGCAGCCCAUCUCAGAUUAAUUCUGGUGCGUGUGCAAUGUUACCUGGAUGGUAUAAUUAUCCAAUCCAGUUCUUUCUGUUCCGCCCAAUCAGACCUUCAAAUAACAAUCAAUACUCUUCAGGAGAAUGGAUUUUCCAUGAAUUUCAAGAAGAGUCACACAACACCUUCAACUCGCCUCUUUCACCUAGGAGCAAUAAUAGACUCAAAUCUUUGCAAGGUUUACCUCUCAUAGGAGUGCAAAGACAGUAUCAAGUCAUUUGUCCACAAGAUACGGAGAGAGAAGGUGGUUCCACUGUUCCAGCUGUCUCAGCUGUUGGGGAAGAUGGUUUCCUGUCUGGGGAUCAUUCCGUGGGCCAGACUACAUUCCAGAGCCCUCCAGUGAUUUCUUCUUCCUUUUCAGAAAAGGAAUGUGAGUGCUUCCUCAAGGAAGGUGAGAGUUCCACAUCACACACUGUUGUCUCUUCUGUGGUGGAUGUCGUCAGCAAUGAACAAGGGAUCCCUAUUCAAGGAGACUUCCAGACUCACCUUGACUACAGAUGCCAGCCUGUUCAGCUGGGGCGCCCACCUACAGACUCACAUGGCACAAGGUCAAUGGUCCCAGUCAGAUUUAUUGCACAACAUCAAUUGGCUGGAACUCAGAGCAAUCCAUCUGGCACUCCAUCAAUUUUCCACUCUUGUGGCGGGAAAACACUUUCUUACACUGACGGACAACAUAGCAGCCAAGGCCCAUGUCAACAAACAAGGAGGGACUCGGUCGUGGCAUUGGAGGCCCUGGACCUGGGUCUGUGGGCAGAGUCCAACCUGGAAUCUAUCAGUGUGGAGCACAUAUCUGGGGAAGCGAAUCGUCAAGCCGACUCACUGAGCAGGGCCACAGUCGACCACUCGGAGUGGCGCCUGGACCCAGCCCUGUUCAAGGAGAUCUUGAUCAGAUUUGGACAACCACAAGUGGAUCUGUUCACCUCCCCUACAAAUUCCCAACUACCCAGGUACUUCACAAGGUUUCCAUCACCAGGGGUGGAGGGAACGGAUGCUGUCUGCAGCAAGUGGCCCAAAGGGCUCCUUUAUUCAUUUCCUCCUCUUCCCCGAUACCAGUGACAAGCUUCUUCAAGAACAGGCGGAAGUUAUCUUAGUUGUUCCACACUGGCCAAGGCGACUGUGGUUUGCCAACCUCAUGGAUUUGUCUUUCUCCCCACCGUGGAAGAUUCUGCCGGGCUGCAUCUCUCUCAGUCAAGGGAGACUUCAACACCCAGACCCCCAGUGGCUUCAACUAGCUGCUUGGCACUUGAGCGGAACAGUUUAACCAAGCAGUCCUAUUCAUCUGGGGUGAUCUCCAUAACCCAAGCCAGCCAUCGACCAAUAGAAUCUAUGAUGCCACGUGGAAGAAUUUCUGCACGUGGUGUACUACACAAAAUCUUAGACCGUUGGCGGUCACCAUUUCUGACAUAUUAGAUUACCUUUUGGAGAGCCUGAAUAAAGGUCUAUCACAUAGUACCAUCCGCGGACAGGUUGCGGCCUUGUCAACAGUUCUCAUGUGUGACAAUCUAGUCCCAUUAUCACAGCACCCUGCAGUUGCUGCCUUUUUAAAAGGGGCGGUUAACGCUAAGCCUCCUGCGGUGCAUUGCUAUCCUUCAUGGGACUUACUAAGGGUGUUACAGGCCCUCAUGUCGUCACCGUUUGAGCCCAUCCGGUCUUGCUCUCUUCACUUCCUUUCUCUGAAGGUUGCCUUUCUGGUAGCCAUCACAUCGGCAAUGGACAUUUCAUAACUGGCCAUGCUCUUGGUUAGAAGUGACCUGUGUAUGUUUCUGGAUGACAGAGUGGUCCUUAGAUUGGACUCUUCUUUCAUUCCGAAAGUCAAUACCUGGUUUCAUAGGUCUCAAGAUUUGAUGUUUCCAGACUUUUGUCCCAACCCGUCACAUCAUCUGGAGAGGUUGUGGCAUAAGUUAGACAUGCACAGGGCUCUGCACCACUAUGUUAAGUGGACUGGCACUUUUUGCAAGUCGGAGGCCCUGUUUGUGUCUUUCCAGCCCUCUUCCAUGGGUAAGAAGGUAUCAUCUUCAACCAUUGGAAGAUGGAUCAGGGCUUGCAUCGCUCACACCUAUAGAUCCCGGUGCCUACAAAAAUCACCGCUCAUUCUACGUGCAGCGCAGCCACAUCAGCAGCCUGGUCUACAGGCUUCUGUUGAGGAGAUCUGUAAGGCAGCGACCUGGUCAUCUCCCUCUUCAUUUAUAAGGCAUUACAAACUUGAUAAGUUUGCUGCAGCGGAUGCCUCAUUUGGUAGAAGGGUCUUACAGCAGGUAGUUUCCUCACAAGGGAUACAUGCCUAGACUUUUCCUCCCCGUAGAGACAUGGGUGGCUUUGGUAUGUCCCACCGGUGGUGGAUGCUAUAUUCAUCAUGCUGGAGAAGGGGCGUUGUCUUACCUGAACACCUUUUCUCAGCAUGAUGAUGUAGCAUCCACACCCACCCUUAACAGGCAGUCUAGGCAGGUGCAGUUACAGGAGGAGCCAUUGUGUCAGACUUUGUCAUGGAUGCUUCACCUCAUCAAAACUGGGAAAGGCACCACCCAAGGGAUGCGUGGCUAAAAUUCUGACUUAGUCUCAACUGAGCAGGAAGGCUGAGAUUACCCACCGAUGGAUGCUACAUCAUCAUGCUGAGAAAAGGCAUUCAGGUAAGACAACGUCCCUUUGGGAUUGCAUUAUGUAUUGAAAAUAACCAUUGAGGGGGUCAAUAUUAUCAGAAAGACUCCAUCAAAGAGCCACUGUUUAUCAGGACUGUGUGGGCUGCUUGUUUUCCUUGUAGUUCCACCUUGCCUACUCUACAAGGUUCCAUCCAAAAAAGGUGCUGGAAGUCUGUUCUGGGCGUUCUGUGAGAAAAAAAGCCCUGGUUCCACCAGUAAAUGAUCAGAAACCCAGAGAUUGUGCCUGUCACCAUGUCUGGAGUCAAGAGAAAUGAAGCAACAGAGAGUUAAACUGUGUUCAGCAGCUGCUGGGGGCCCUUACAAUAUAGUUUGUUUUCAGAGAUUAUUCAGUUUACUACCCUUCUUUCAUGAUUGCUAGGAUCAUCCUGGCUCAUUGGUUAUCUCUCCAAGGUUUUACAGGCCAUCAAACAAAAAGAACCUUUCAGCACCUUCUAAUGUCAAACACAUUUUGCAGUUCCCAUGUGCACUGCAAGUCAACAUUGCCUGUAUGUUUUAGGAAAAGAAUUGAAUGUGGAGCAAUUGUGUGGUUUACCUAUGUUAAGUGGGAUUUUUGCCUUCAAGGACAUCCUUGACUCUUAUCUGUUAAUAGAUAUUUAUUGAAGAAAAAAAAGGAGAGCUUUAACAUCCAUAUUGUCAGUAGUGUGUGUGUAUUUAUACCUGUUAUCAUAUUUACGCAUACAGUCAUUGUCUUUGUAAAUGGUGCUUGAAGAAUGUCACAGUAUGAUUUCAACCAACCCUUUUUGAGAGAAAGCUCUUUCUAAUGUAUAGUCAUAUUUUAUCUUUUCAUCAAAUAAGAUCAAAUGAGGGUUGUUAGAUUUUAUAGACUAUGUGAUGGGGCAUUGCUUCACUAGUUGAAUCUUCAGGCUAAAUGCUCAUUUUGAAUAGCAAGUUAAAUACUAAAGUAUCCUUUAGAAGUGACUAAACCUUUUAUCUGUUUUUGUUAUUUGGGUCUUUAAAGAAUCCCUCUAACAUUUAAAGACAAUGGGCUUGUUUUUAAUGGAAAUAUUUUUUAAAUAAAAUUUUCCCGCAAAUCUAUAGUUCGUAAGAAACAUACAUAAUAUGCAAACUGAGUAUUAUCCAGAAGAAUUUUUUUUCAAUCUUUGGUUUCUUAUAUUUUCAGCUAAUUUUGAUAAGGUUCAAUCUCUUGAUACUGUACAGGUGACAAAAAGUUUUAUUUAUCAAAAAGUUCAUAUACAAUUUUGAGUUGUAGGCCAUUGUAGCCGAGGUGGCGCAGCAGUUAGAGUGCAAUACUGCAGGCCACUUUAGCUGACUGUAUUCAGCAGGUCAGCGGUUCAAAUCUCACCGGC